UUCUUGGCAAACAGAAACGACCAUGUCAACCGUUCGCUUGAAGCCAGUCUUUCACAUCCGUCGUCGAGAAAUUCCUCGUUGUCGUUCCAAAUCAAAGCCAUUAUUCAGAAGCACUAGCUUCACGAAUCGCUAUUCUUCCAACAAUUAUGUGUUUUCUGAUGCCAGGAUCUUCUGCAACUUCCGGCCACCUCGUACGUCUCCGUCUCAUUCAGUCUCUGCUGUGUCAACUGAUACUACUAUCUUGGAGCCCUUUCAAUCUGCCGAUGUCUCCUCCAAGGAUACUUUUCCAGUGAAACUAACUGAGAUGUUGGAAGGAAAGAUCUCCGUAAGGUUAGAUCAAGUAAAACAUUCAAGCAACUGGGAGCUAAGGGUAGGUUGUAAUCUUCCAGGAAAAUGGGUUCUUCACUGGGGUGUUUCCCACGUUGAUGAUGUUGGCUGUGAAUGGGAUAAACCUCCAAGCAAUAUGAUACCCCCCGGCUCUAUUUCUAUAAAGGACCACGCAAUAGAGACACCCAUGAAGAAAUCAUCAUUAUCUUCUGCUGAACGAGAUACGUUUUAUGAAGUCAAAAUUGAUCUUAAACCCUGCAAAGGAAUUUCAUCAAUUAAUUUCGUUGUGAAGGAUGAAGAAACCGGCGCUUGGUAUCAACACAAAGGAAGAGAUUUUAAAGUGCCUUUGGUUGAUUACAUCAAGGAUGACGCUAAUACAAUGGGACCUAAAAGGGGCUUUAAUUUUUGGCCAGGGGCCUUGGGUCAGUUAUCCAACAUUCUUCUGGGAACGGACACAAACAAAGGUCAAGAAAACAGCGGCGAAUCCAGAGAUUCCAAAGAAGAAAAUGGUCAACUUGAUGGUUUCUACAUAGAACUUCCUAUUGCAAAGAAGAUUUGGGUCAAUAAAUCCGUCAGUGUCUCCAUUAGGAAUUGCUCUGAGAUGGCCAAGAACCUUAUAUAUCUGGAAACAGAUAUACCUGGAGAAAUUGUCCUUCACUGGGGAGUUUGCCGGGAUGAAAAAAGAAAGUGGGAAGUUCCACCUGCUCCUCAUCCUCCAGAGACAGUAGCUUUCAAAGACCGGGCUCUAAGAACUCCACUACAGCCAAGAGAGGAUGGAAACGGAAGCUCAAUAAUAAUCACUUUGGAAGAGGGCUUUUCAGGAUUUGUUUUUGUUCUUAGGCUAGAUGAAAAUACUUGGUUAAAUUACAUUGGAAAUGAUUUUUAUCUUCCUCUUUCAAGUUCUAGUAGCUUACGUGUCAAAAACAUAGAUGAUGAGUCGAAAGGUGUACAUGUAGAAGAGACUGAAGAGGCAAACCAAACAAACUCCUUCUCUGGAUUUGCUGAUGGAAUAAUCAAAGACUUAAAAAAUUUGGUGUCAGACAUUUCCUCUGAAAAGAAUCAAAAGGUAAAAUCCAAGGAAGCUCAAGGAAACAUUCUUCAGGAGAUUGAAAGACUUGCUGCUGAAGCCUAUAACAUCUUCAGAAACUCCGUUCCUACUUUUUCAGAGGAGCCUCCAGUGGAAACUAAGGCUGCUGUGGAAGUAAAGGACAAGAGAUUGCCUGCAAAAAUCUGCUCAGGAACAGGAACAGGGUAUGAAAUAUUAUGCCAAGGGUUCAAUUGGGAAUCUCAUAAAUCUGGAAGAUGGUACGUGGAGCUUAAACAGAAAGCUGAAGAACUAGCCUCACUUGGUUUUACUGUGAUAUGGUUACCCCCACCUACAGAAUCUGUUUCACCUGAAGGAUACAUGCCAAAGGAUUUAUAUAAUCUAAAUUCCAGAUAUGGAAGCAUUGAUGAAUUGAAGGAUUUGGUGAAAAGAUUCCAUGAAGUUGGAAUCAGUGUUCUUGGGGAUGCUGUUCUAAAUCACCGCUGUGCUCAGUACCAGAAUCAAAAUGGUGUUUGGAACAUAUUUGGUGGUCGUCUGAAUUGGGAUGAUCGUGCAGUUGUUGCUGACGAUCCACAUUUUCAGGGUAAGGGCAACAAGAGUAGUGGAGAUAAUUUCCACGCAGCUCCAAAUAUUGACCAUUCACAGGAAUUUGUGAGAACUGAUCUGAAAGAAUGGUUAUGUUGGCUGAGGAAAGAAAUUGGGUAUGACGGAUGGAGGCUUGACUUUGCAAGAGGAUUUUGGGGCGGUUAUGUAAAGGAUUACAUGGAGGCAAGUGAACCUUACUUUGCCGUGGGAGAGUACUGGGAUUCGCUGAGUUAUACUUAUGGUGAGAUGGAUCAUAAUCAAGAUGCACACAGGCAGAGGAUUAUUGACUGGAUCAAUGCUACCAAUGGUACUGCUGGUGCUUUUGAUGUCACAACAAAAGGGAUUCUUCACUCAGCAUUGGAAAGAUGUGAGUAUUGGCGUUUGACAGAUCGGAAAGGAAAGCCUCCUGGUGCCAUUGGGUGGUGGCCAUCUCGUGCAGUUACCUUCAUAGAAAAUCAUGACACUGGUUCCACCCAGGGUCAUUGGAGAUUUCCAAGUGGAAAAGAAAUGCAAGGAUAUGCUUACAUCCUGACUCAUCCGGGAACACCAUCAGUGUUCUUUGACCACAUUUUCUCCCACUACCGGACUGAAAUAGGAUCACUUAUCUCCCUCAGGAAACGGAACAAGAUACACUGUAGAAGCACAGUUCAAAUUCUUAAAGCAGAAAGGGAUGUCUACGCAGCUGUAAUUGACGAAAAACUCGCUAUGAAGAUUGGACCUGGUCAUUUUGAACCCCCUAGCAGAUCCUCAGGAAGAUGGUCCUUAGCUUGUGAGGGAAGAGAUUAUAAGCUUUGGGAGGCAUCAUAAGUUCUCAUGAUAUCAUCAUUCAUCAUAUAGAGCUCCAAUUGAAGUGAGUUAUACGAUGCUGUUAUUGAGAAGCAUAGAAACAGCAUUAUUUAUUAAGCUGCAGAAAUUACCGUUACAGCCUAGAAGUCAGGUUCGUCUCAGAACUGGAAAAAUAGUGCAUAUGUUUAAAUUAGGAAGUAAGUUGUGUCAUACAUACUAUGCAUACAUAGCAUUAAUUACACAUGAUUGCAUACUAUACACACAUUGCAUUCAAGAUUCAAUGUAGUAAGAAUGUGUAGAACGGUCAGCAUUUAUAGUCAUGGUAUUUUGUGGCAACUUCAUUGAACAGGAUGGCAAAACAUCUAUUAUGGUUGUACACAACUUUUUGAGUUAUAGUUUAAAUUUUCUUAAACUGUUUUAA